UUCCAUUCCCUGCUUGCCAUGUGUGGGAAGCAACGGUACAAUGCCAUGGCACUGGCUGCUGCUGGGUGUAGGCUUUGGAAGCGGUGAGUCGCCGUUUUGGCAGCAGGAGUGCUUCCUGCGGCAGCUUCAAGCGUCGGAGGGAUGGAACGUGACGCCAUGCUGGCCGAGCCCAUGGGGAGCCUUUGACCCAGGCAAGGUGACAACUUGCCCAUCGCAUCCCUCCUGGAGCGAGCAGGUGGGGGUCUAUGACAUCGAGGGCCGGCACAAGGGAGCAGCUAGUGCGUGGGAGGCGCAGACCUCCUGCCUUUGGCACCGAACCGUCUACGUGAUCCCGCACUUCCGGGGCGCGAUCCUCUUCCAGCGCCGCGCCUCCUGGAAGUGGCGUAUGGGCGGCCUCUGGGACGUAGGCCUUUCCGAGACGGUGGAGCUGGGGGAGGAUUUGGGGAAAGCUGCGCACCGUGCUGUUGCAGAGGAGCUGGGCCCAGAGGCAGCCCUCGAGCCCGCCGAGUGCUGCCGCCUGAGCACAGGUUGGAGCGGCUCCAUGCCCCAGAUGCAGGUGUGCCAGUUGGACCACAACUUUGUCUUCACUGCCUCCGGCCCCGAGUCCUUGAGCUUGGGCGAGCGCGACACGGAGGUGGAUACCUUGGAGUACUGGACGCUGGAGGAGUAUCGCGAGCGAUCGGCGAAGGCUCCUUUCGAGUUUGCCCCAUGGGUGCACGCGCUGAUCCUGGGUUGCCUCGAGUGCUUUGAGCCAGGCUGAAGGCUGAUGCAGACCGCAACA